UCACUGUAAACCUUACAAAAUUGUGUAUUGAAAUUUCUAUUUACGUCAAAUGUAGACAAAACACGGAAUGACGCGGGAAAUAUUGAUAAAAACAGGAAGCCACAACAUUAAAUGCUCGAUUAUUAAAAGGAAAAUCCAUUUAAAUAAUAGUAAGUUUUGCAUUUCAACCUUUAACGCAAUCGCAUUUUUUGGGAAAGUUGGGAUGAUAAACUUGAAAAGUACCUAUAAAUACCUAUCAACAAUUUCAUGUGGAUAGUAUUCAUAAAGCUUUAUACUGAUAACUACGAGGAUAACUAUCACGCUAGUGUUGUGUAUUUACAAUGGUUUUCGAAAGGGGAUGUACUGGAUACAACUGUAACUUUCAUAAUGUUAAGUUUCAGCAUCAACCAUUGCCUACAUUUCAAUUUCCAACCAAGUCACCUACACAUACAACUUCUACAACUGAACGAUCUAUUACAGAAGCCGUAACAUCUUUUGUAACUGAGACCGUACAACCUUCUACAACUACUCAAAAUAUCACACAAGCAAUAAGCGAAGCCACAACUGCAGUUAAUGAGGUGGUAACCAAUAUUAUUGAAACAACAUCCGCCAGAGCUGUUGAGGUUACAAAUUCUUUUAAUGAGGCCAUUACUAAUGCCAUUAGUACGACAACUGUGGCAAUUGACGAAGCCAAGCAGACGAUCAAUACCAUUUUUGAAACCGCUUCCAAUAAUUUUGGUAAUUCUGGCGAUGGUUUAAACAGCACUAAUACAGUGAGCGAAGCAAUGGAAAAUGGUACCGCAGUUGCUAUCGACACCCAGUCAAGUACCACUCCAUCGACCACGGAGAGCAUCAUUUCGCAUGUAUACUCGACUACAGAAGAACUUCUCAAAUCUAUGGCAAGCGGUAAAGAAAACCAUGAAAAAUUUGAUUAUCACCCUGACCACCCUAAUCACAGUGCAAUCUACAUCAUCCUGGGUAUCAUACUGGCCCUACUGCUAUUAAUGUUUUCUGUACUAAUCAUCGUAUACAUAAGACACCGUAAAAAUAAAUCGCUCACUUUGCAUCAUCCGUAUUACGAAGUGAGCGAUAAAAAGGAUACUUCAUCCGUGUCGAUUGAAAACGAAGCACCAAAAGAAUGUGUUACUACUGUUAACGAUAUUUAUGUUCAAUAUUCUUGCUAAAAUAUUGAAUUGUUAUUAAUUUGUGAUAUUGUAUUUAUUAUCUAUUUAUGCAUUUAUUAAUAUUUUAAUUUAAAUAUUUCCUACAUUGUGAUAAAAUAAAGUUUCAACAGAUAUUUUUGUUA